CACGCAUUUUACCCGCCUUUUCCGUUCGAUUCGUCAUGGUGGUACGCGUGAUUCGAUGCUGCGAUUCAAAUAAAUGUUGUUAGCCUUCCACAGAACGUUCUCUUCAUCUGUAUUUAGUAAUUUUAUUUACUGAACAAUCAAUAACAUGAGUGAAGAUAAUUACGACGAACUUCGAAGAAAAAAUAUAGCCGAAAGAAAUGCCUUCUUUGCUGAAGUUUUUAAGGAUUUUAAAAAACAAACAAAUGAGAUAGAAGGACUGUCAAAGAAGUAUAAAAGCACGGAUAAUUUAGAGAAUGAACCACCGAAAAAAAGACGAAGAACUGUUUCUGGAGCUAUCUAUGAUGAUAACUUUAAAAUUAACCGCGUGCAACUCGGAUUCCGUAGAAAAUACAAUACUAGGAGCAGAGUGAAAAAUUUAAGCAAAGACGACUCGAAUACCUCGAAGAAUGAGGAGGAGAAGGAGAAUGAUGAUGAUUUAGACAAACCUAGACGUAAUAGAUCUAAACUACAGGUUUUGUUCUCUUGGGCAAAACCAAUGCAACGGUCAAUUGAUCUAAUGAAUAUGGGAGUUUGUGAUGUAGACCAAGAAGAAGAGCAAUACAGUGAUGAUGAUGAUGAUGAUGGUGAUGAUGAUGAUGAUGAUGAUUCUUUUAAUUAUACUAAGAAAAAGAGGGUUUACAAAGUAUCAAAGACUCCAUAUGACCCAAACAACAUACCUUCCGUUGAUGAAAUUACAGAUAAGAUGCUGAACAAUGUAGCAGAGAAAAGUUCUUUAAAAACAUAUUCUAGCAUUAAUGGUACUAGCUGUCAUCAGUGCAGACAGAAAACUUUAGAUACAAAAACAGUAUGCAGAUCAGGAGAAUGUGUUGGAGUCAGGGGACAAUUUUGUGGACCUUGUUUAAGAGGAAGAUACGGUGAAAGUGCUGUUGAAGCAUUAAAAGACCCUAACUGGGCUUGUCCUCCCUGCCGUGGUUUGUGCAACUGCAGCAUAUGUAGAACAAGAAGCGGUUUGCGUCCUACCGGAAUUUUAGCUCCUGUAGUGCAGGAGGAAGGAUAUUCGUCUGUAAUGGACUACCUCAACUCCACUGAUAUUGACAAAACAUGAUUCCAAUCUUUCAUAAUAUAUUACCAAUUGAAACAAUUGAAUAGAGACAAAAUGAUUUGUACAACUACAUGAAUGUAACAUUUAUAUUAAUUGAAUAGCAAAUGAUUUUUUAUCUCUUUCUUCUGCAUUUCGAUGUUAUUUUAUUGCAAUGAUACCAUAAUGUCUUGGUGACAAAACAGGAUCAAAUAAACGUAAAAUAGCAAGUUUUGAA